AUAGUGAUUGGUAACGAAAUAUUAAAAGGGGAGAUACAAGAUACCAAUACAAAUUUCUUAUGUAAGAGAUUAUGGUCGUUGGGUAUGAAAGUCAAGAAGGUCUCCAUUGUUGCUGAUGAUGUUGAAGAAAUUAAGAAAGAAAUUCAACACUUUUCCUACAAGUAUGAUUACGUCUUCACUUCUGGUGGCAUAGGACCAACAUUUGAUGACGUUACUAUGGAAGCUGUAGCUGCAGCAUUUGAAGAUGAACUGCAACCUAAGCCUGACUUAAUUAAAAAGUUAAAGUUGUAUUACAAUACCGAGAACUUAACUGAAGCUCAAAUCAGAUUAGCUACGAUUCCAUCCAGAUGUCAAAUAAAAUAUUCAAAGAGUGGAAAGUUAUUAUUACCUUUAUAUAACAUACAAAAUGUAUUUAUACUGCCUGGCGUUCCAAUUUUUCUAAAGAGUCUUUUCAAAAUAUUUGAGGACGAAUAUGGUUCUAAGAUUAAGCAAUUUUAUAAAAAAGUAAUAUACCUAAAUGUUAACGAACUGGAGAUUGCCGAAAGAUUCAAUGAAAUUAGCCGUAAAUACAGUGGGCGAGUUGAUCUUGGUUCUUACCCGGUCUUUAAUAAUAACCAAUAUAAGGUUAAGAUUACUAUUGAAGCUAGUGAUGAAAACGAUUUAAAAGAGGCAAAGCCUAAGUUAGUAAGCAAACUCUUGUUAUUAUACUGUAAUGUCGUUUCAAUUUGUCAAUUUUUAAACGAGGUUCAGAAUGAAGAGCAUCCUAAUAGUAAAAGAAUUCAAGAAGCUUUCCAAAUAGUGGAUAGGGCACUAGAACAAUAUGGCUUAAAUAACAUAGCGAUUGCUUUUAAUGGUGGUAAAGAUUGUACUGUGAUACUCCAUAUAUUUUACUGCUUUGUAAAAAGUCGAUUUCCUGAACAAAUACCCAAAAUUAAAGCAAUUUAUACGAAAUCUGAAGAUAUCUUUACUGAAAUGGAUCAGUUCGUUUCCAAAUGCGUAGACAGAUAUAAUCUGGAUAUAACAACAAUUAGUUCUGAUAUGAAGUCAGCGUUGGAGGAAUAUUCUAUCAGAGAACCUACCGUAAAAGCUGUAAUUAUGGGUACACGAAGAGCUGAUCCUUAUUCAAAUCAAUUGACCCCAUUUUGUAUGACAGAUGGAGACUGGCCUGAAUAUCUCAGAGUUCAUCCUAUACUAGAUUGGUCAUACUCUGAAAUUUGGCAAUUCUUACGGCACAGUUCUAUUCCUUACUGUUCAUUAUACGAUUUAGGAUACACAUCGCUUGGUGGAAUUCAUAAUACAAAACCUAAUUCAUCACUAAGGCGAACUAGAGAUGAAAUAGAAACAUUCAUAAAAGAGGGUACGCUCGAAGCUGAGCCGCUGUUGCAGUUUGAUGGAUAUUAUUAUUUGCCAGCUUAUUUCUUAACUGAAGAGCAACUUGAAAGAGCUGGACGCUCAUAA